AUGAAGUUGGACACUUCUCAUAUGAGGUAUUUAACCUCCGACGAUUUCAGGGUAUUACAAGCAGUAGAAUUAGGCUCAAGAAAUCAUGAGUUAGUUCCGACCCAAAUGAUCCAUUCGAUAUCAGGAAUGAAAGCCCCAUCAGGUACACAAAGGGCGAUUGGAGACUUGGCUAAAUUGAAACUAGUUGCUAGGUUGCGAAAUGCUACAUAUGAUGGGUUUAGGUUGACGUAUAAUGGAUAUGAUUAUCUCGCUUUAAAAUCGAUGUUGAAUCGAAAUACAUUGUACUCAGUCGGGUCCACCAUUGGUGUUGGAAAAGAAUCAGAUAUUUAUUCAGUUAGUGAUCCACAAGGUGUGCAAAAAGUUUUAAAAAUCCACCGUCUUGGUAGGACUUCAUUCAAGACUGUUAAAAACAACCGUGAUUACUUGAAAAAUAGACACACUUCAAAUUGGAUGUACUUGUCACGAUUAGCAGCGGCAAAGGAAUAUCAAUUUAUGCAGAUACUUUACGACAAUGGGUUCAAUGUUCCGCAACCAUUUGAUUACUCUAGACAUUGUGUAAUGAUGGAAUGGAUUAAAGGAAUACCAAUGAAGCAGUUAAACACUGGUAACAUUGGUAAAUUAGACUACAAGAAAUUGUAUUCCGAUCUUAUGUGUUUUAUCGUCAAGCUAGCUAAAUCAGGACUAAUCCAUUGUGAUUUCAAUGAAUUCAACAUUAUAAUCAGGGACCCAUCUGAGUCAAACAAGACAAGUGAUUUUGUCGUUAUUGAUUUCCCGCAAUGUGUAUCUAUUGAACAUCCAGAUGCAAAGACGUAUUUCGAUCGUGAUGUACAAGGUAUUCGAGAUUUUUUCAAGAAAAAAUUCAAGUAUGAUCCUCAACAUGACUCGACUAUGUUUGAUACUGAUGGAUAUGGAGAUGGUUACAAGUAUGCGUAUCCUAACUUUAAACGAGAUGUCAUUAGAGAAAAACUGUUGGAUGUAGAGGUUGAGGCUUCAGGAUAUGCGAAAAAAAGGACUGGUAAGCAGGAGGUUAAGGAUUUGGAGAAGGCGGUGAUGGGAAUGAGAAUCACAGCUGAUGAAACUGACGAAUUAUCUGAAUUUGAAGAUGACGACGAGGAGGCAUAUGACGAAGAAGAUGAGGAAGCAGACGAUGACGACGACGACGACGAUGAGGAGGGCGAUUACUAUGAAGAGGAAGAUGUGCAAUUUAGUGACAACGAUGCUGCACACGAGGAAGAAAAUGAAAAAAUCAUAGCUGCUCUAUCCGCCGGAGACAAAAACCUCAAAAUGGACAAACUAGGUAAUUAUAUACUCGAUGAAUAG